AUGGCUAAGCAGAAACCAUCAUUAUGGAGAGCGCUCAGAGCGCUUGCCUUCAUUGUAUCAAUCCCCCUGCUCAUACAAUACCUUGUCCUCAAAUGGUACAGCACGUCACAGAACACGCCUACGCCAGUGUCAAAUGAAGAUCAUCAUGAGACAAAUCUAACUGUUUGGGAGGUCUUGAGCAAUGAUGACCGCGUUUCCAAAUUCGUCGAGAUUGUGGGCAAAUUGCCUGACAUUGUCCGGGGUCUCUCAGCACCACAGGCUCGCUUCACUGUAUAUGCCCCUGUAAAUGAGGCCUUUGACUCGUUCUAUUUCCCACCCGAUCCGCCACCAUUCUUUGGCUUGUUCAUCGCUGGAUGUCAUAUGGGGCCUGGGCCAAUACCAGCUGAACGCCUACCGACAAUGGGCACGGUAUCGUCCUUUGUCAAUGGGGACAUAUUCUUCACUUAUAAGCAGCGUAUUAGUGUACAGAAGGAAGGCAACGGGCUUACACUCAAUCACGCGGCUCGACUACUCCCACUGAACAAAUCGCAUUCAAUCGCCAUCAACGGUUUUAUCCAUCAUAUUGAUACUGUAUUGGAACUUCCCAACUCGACUGCCCACGCGCUUCGUACCCGACCUGAGCUAUCAAAGCUACGACGGGGGUUAGAGACGUCAAAACUGUCUGAGAGCAUCUACGACACUAACGCACACGUAUCUCAAACCAUCUUCGCACCAACGAAUGCAGCAUUUGAUCGUCUCGGGAAGACAGUGAACAAAUUCCUGUUUAGCCAUGGAGGUAGACCGUAUCUUCGAGCUCUACUAAAGUAUCAUGUCGUGGCCAAUAAAACACUAUUCAGUGACACUUACUGGCCUCAUGAUGGAGCUAAAUUGGUGGACCUGAGUCAACCAGAGAUGAAACACUCUCAUUUGUUUGAUCUGUCAACCUUGCACAGUAACCUCAGUAUGAAGGUAGAAAGCCGAAAGGUUCACAACAAGUGGCAGUUGAAUGUUCUAAAAGGCCAGCUGAUUGAAGGCAAGAGCCACGAUUCUGUUCCGGUUUCAGAAUCCGAUAUUAUCCUCAUGGAUGGAGUUAUACAUCUCAUUGACUCGAUCCUAUUACCUCCGAGUACUUCGCAGCAAAAGGGCAUUCCUUGGCUAACCCGACUUACAUCGGCGCUUGGAUAUGGCAAGCAAAGUAUUGAGGACUUGGUAGACUUGCUGGGACCUUACAUUGAUGAACCUUGA